GGGAAAAUUAAUCGAAAUGAGCAUCCCUAAUUGCAACCAUCUGCCGCUGAUCAAAGUAUGCCCAAAGACCCCUAGAGCAGGUCUUUAGGCAUACUAUGGCUCACACGGAUGCUUCUACCUCGGGCUGGGGGGCCACGUUUGACAGGCUUGCAAUGUCAGGGGUUUGGACGGUCCCCAAAUGCACUGGCUUAUCAAUUGCCUAGAGUUGCUGGCAGUGCACCUUGCCUUGAUCUCAAAGGGCACUUACGAGGAAAAUAGAUCAAAUAGAGUAAUUGUUUUGAUAACUUUUUGCCAGAGUAGUCUAGGGCUGACAUUUGCAAGGUUUGGUAAAGAACUGACAAACAGCCUAGGAGGUUUUCAAAGAGGUAGUUUUUUUCAUGUUUGAGGAUAUGUUAGAAUGUCUACCAAAGAACACUCAUACACAAUUUUACUUUAAUGCAUCAUGGUUGCAGAAUUAUUAUUUUGUAUAAAAAAAUGGCAGAAUUUUUUGUUGUUGUUGUUGUAGUAUGUGAAUCAAGGUUUCAAUGGAAAAAGGUGUUUUAUUCUAGAGCUUUUAGUUCCAAAGUUGUUAUUCCUUAGUAUAGCACCACCUAGUGUCCGAGAGAUGUGUGUCUUUUUGCCUGAGUAGCAGUGAGCAUUUGGGACUGAGUUCGGGGACUCUAUGGUCUCUUGACACCUACAAUAUUUUUACGACAGUAUAAUAAGGAAGAAGAAAAUAAUUUUCUGAAAUAUGCUAUUUACAAUCAAAAUAUUAAGUGCUAAUUAAACAUUUUAAAAUAUCUUCACAGUAUUCUCAAAAAGAGGGCAGAGGAACCAUUCGAUAGACACAUUUCAUUCCGAAAUGAUACGCUAUCUCCAGAUAUCAGCACACUUUCAGCCAGUCUGCUGACAGAGGAUCACUACAAGUGUCCAGUGUGCACAGAAGUCUUCAAGGAUCCAGUUUCCAUGCCCUGUGGACACAGUUACUGCAAAUACUGCAUUGAGAUCUACUGGAGCAAACCAACUCAAGCUGGAGCUUACGCUUGUCCUCAGUGCAGAAAGAGGUUCAGAGAUCGCCCUGUGUUGAAUGUUAAUGUGGCUUUGUCUAAACUGAUUGAGGAACUUCAGAAGGCAGGGUUUAGUCCUGCUCUUCCUGUCCACUGCUACGCUGGACCUGAAGAUGUGGCCUGUGAUAUCUGCACUGAGAUGAAACUCAAAGCUGUUAAAACUUGUUUGACCUGCACUGCAUCUUACUGUGAGACACACAUCAGACAACACUACACAGUACCAGCACUGCAGAGACACAACCUGGUGGAGGCUAUUCAUUUACCAAACAAAGAAGAGAGAAAUUCACAAGAUGAAAACAGAGAAUUGACUGCAAGAGUGAUUGAACUGGAAGCGACAUCAAAACGUUUGUGUAAAAGAUUUGAAAUUCACUGUAACGAUUUUCCCUCAGAUGUGAUUGAGAUGGCUGCUCUAAGUCGGCCUUUGAGGCUUGGAAUGUUGUAUGACAGUCAAAGAAAUUCCUUUUGCCAAGAUAUCUUUAUGUGGGAUGAAGAUACAUUAGCCCGUAUGAAAGUAUCUUUGCCUCGACCACAAACAUAUGUGAAAGUCCUGGAAAAUGAUUCCCCUCAGGAUAGAUUCAGAGUCCUUGAAAUGUCCCCAGUGUUACAAAGUGGCACCCAGACUGGACAAAUAAAAAUGAAUGGGGCUGCAGCUUUUCUAAGCCACCCAGAACAGUCUCAACAUCAGGAAAGAGUUACACUACACUACAGAACCACUACCAGACUGGACAUGAUCAGCCAAAGACUGUUACAGGAGGCAGCACCCUCUGCAUUAGUUGGUCACACCACAGCAACACAUGUGGUCACCGCUGUGUACUUUGGAGCUCAAGCGUUUUUGGUUUUUGAUAGUGACCGCUCAAACCAUGAAAAAAAUGCAGAAAUUGUUGAUGUUUUAAAAAUAAUGACUUCUACAUUUUGUCCAAACCAUAUAGUUUUCAAGCUUGAAUGCUGCUGAAAAAGCUAAAAGCUCAUUACU